AUGAAAUUCACGCCAGGUGCAGUGGAAGACGCUCCCAGUUACUAUGUUGAUCAUGAUAACGGUAAAUACAAUACGCAGAAAUGUGUUAUACUGAGAAAUCUGGGCCUCGAAGGCGACGAUAUUGCCAUGCCAGCAAGCCUUAACCACUUGGCUAAGCCCACUCACAUACUAGAUCUAACAAAUAAUGACCUGGUUUUCUUUCCAGACUUACAUCACAGAGACGAUAUAGAGACAUUACUGCUGAGUAAGAACAGACUGAUGGUACUGGAUGCCGCAUUACUGCCGUCAAAGCUUAAAAGUUUAUCUCUAGCGUUCAAUGGUAUAGAGAACUUUGAAACGCUGAUUCCACUAUCUCACUGUCCCAGUACUGUACGAGACCUCGUCCUCAUAGGAAAUCCCAUAUGCCAUUUAUCAGAAUAUAGACAACGGAUAUUAGCUUUAGUGCCGUCUCUUGAGGUACUUGAUUUUAAAUUGGUUUCUCAGGCUGAGAAAGCUCAAGCGGUAAAGGACCAUGUUGCAGUUAUGAAAAAAAUUAAAGAAGAUAAUAGACAGAUUCACCAGAGGAAGAAGAAAGCCCUUGCUGCAGAAGUCGAUGGUAAGAAUACGUUUGGUAGAAAUACAAAAAGUUUAACGGAAGCCGCAAAAGUAACAAAACCUAGAGACAAAACUAUAGAAGUUAUGAAUACAGUGGUUGGUAAGUUGACCGAAGAGAAGAAGAAAAAAAUUAGAGAACAGUUAGCUAAUGCCUCAUCUAUGGAAGAAUUAGAAAGACUAGAGCGCUUACUUACAGGAGGGGUAUGA